UAGGCUCGUCUUUUAUUCGGCUUUCAUGCAUGAGACUUGACCUAUAUUGUGUAGAGUACUAAUAUUCUAAUUAAUUUGUUUGGAUGCACCGUAGCUCUGACCUUGUACCUUUUACAGAAAAUAAGUCCAAAUAUGUUUCUUUUGACGCCAACUAACAAAAUAGAAAUAGUUAUUGUCGGCUCUUAUUGCCUCACUGGAUAAGCUAAUUGGCUUUGAACGUCACAUCUUUAUGCCAACAAAGUGCGUGUCUGCUUUGCCUGAACAGACCGUUCCAUGGGGUAGAAAUUGUAACAAAGGUUAACUGACAAAUUUCAAAUGUAUGGGGUUAUCUCGACAGUCUUCGGUUUAUGUACUCUUGUAUAUUUCUGUUUUUGUAUUUGCUUUUUUGUUCAUUGAAGGUUUACCCCAUGGAUAUUCAAUCUGAAAGACAUCUGCCUAAAAAAAGGCUAUACAAGCCAGAAUGUUGACUAAAAUUAUAUUUACACUAACUACAGGUUGUUUGUCAUUUUGAUGGUAGGAGGUGGAGAUAAGUGUUGUUUACCUGACUGUUUGCAGCGCAAAUUACCUCCAACAAAGAGGCAAAAUCGUCUGAACUUUACAUUGGGAGUUUGUUCAACAUUCUGACUUGUAAUGGGACUGUUCAGGAAUACUGAGCCUACAUGUUAGAGACCAGAGUGAAGGCCCAUCUCGCGGCAUCGCCUACCGCCCUUGCAGCCUCUCACUUGGGGAGGAUGGAUGCGGAGGCAGCCUCUCCGUCUCUCUCCUCCACGGUGGCAGGGCCCUCCACACUGUGGCGUCUCGCUGAGCGGAGGAGUAGGAAGGCUGGCUCAGGGAACAUUUUUGGCGGGGUGAACCUGCGUCAGCUGCAGAGGCUGUUCACGGCAGCUGGGGACCAGGAUGCAGAGCAGAGGGCUGAGCUGGUGUGGGGCCACGGGGACGAGGCUGAGCUGGCGCAGGCCCUGAUAGGACUGAGGGCGAGGGGCCGACGGAGAGGACUCAGAGUGGAGGGGCGAGACACACUGGGGUCGCGCUGGCUCCGGGCAUUUAAUCAUCUCAGGAUUGGUAAGAGUUCAGAGAGUAGCCAGCAGAGCGAAGAGCAGUCAUCAGACAGCAAGAUGGAGGCAAGAGCAAAACACAGCAGCCCCGAUUCACAGCCACUGACUCAUAAGGGCCCCAGAGGCGCUACAGGAGUCAGAGAGGACCUAACUGAGGGCCAAGGCCCUGCAGGGGCCUCUGAGAGACCAGCCAGACCAGGAGCUCUACUGAAGAAAGGAGGGGAGAGCGACCCGGAGAGGUACCUCCACCGCAUCCUCCACUGAUGGACACAGAGGACUAGGAUGACUUUGUUGCCCCUAGAUCCCUUCCCCCACUAAUCAUUCAUGUGUGUAUUAGGUCAUGGUAAACGGAUCCUAGAUCUGUGGUUGGGGACAACUUCUACGUGGAGUAAUGACCAACCCUAGUUCAGCGAGUGACAGUCAAAGAUACUAUAUAUGUUUACCUCUGUCCAACCAAGAUCAGAUCAAUGAAGAACAAACUGGAUCUACAAGAUGGGGGAACACUUUGAUAUGAUAUUCUAACAUUUCCUUCUCUCUCAGGAACUGGCUUAUCUGUUCUUCUGUUUGUCACAUGUCUUUUAAGAGCAUCACGUAUUAGACCUUGAAUUCAUACAAAGGAUUAAGGAAAGAGGUUUCGACUGUGGGAUAUAGCAGAGCACUUCGGGAGAGCUCAAUUCCACCUGGACUUGUUUUUGAAUGAAGUAUUUUGGUAAUUUGAUUCUCCAAAUUAGACACGUGCCAAGGUGCAUCCUAAAAAGAAAGGAAAAUAAGUUGAUGUCAACUGGAAAGGAGAUAUUUUGAAGAAGUCAACAUUUCGACCAGGGUUGUGGAACUCAUUCCAUACAGGGACAAGUGUCGGCUGGUAUCGUUAUUUCCUUUUCAAUGUGUAAAAACCGAAACAGCAGGGGUUCAAACUUUAGAACCCAGUUCCUACAUUUGAAUAUAGAAAUUGAUUUUAUCAAACAAAACUAUGCUACAUCUUAUCUCUUGGACCCUCAGGAUGACAAACCAGAGCAAGAUUACUGAAUGUAAAUACAUUCACCUCUGACGGUAAAUAAUGUAUCAAACUAAGUGCUGUGCUGAAAGUUGGCUGUUACUUACGUCAUUCUAGUCAGAUUAGCGCACGUUAGCAACACCUGUCCCGGUAUAAGGACACCGAUCUCAGAGGUUAAAGGGCCAGAUGCACAAUUAAAGGGCAAUUACACUCAAAUCAAUUUGUUAGUUUCCUUCCAGACCAAAAAUUAAUGCUAUUCUGAUGUGAUUUAAGCAUUGCCAUGGACUCAGAACAUCCAAUUUUGAAACUGCACUACUUUCUCUUGUACACUAAGGACCAGAGGAAGAGUUUCAGGGGAGAUGAGAAGUUUCCUAUUCGAAAGCUUGAUAAAAAUGAGUAGCUGGUAACUUUUUUAUUUUUAUAAAUGGUUCUCAUGCUAGACAAGGUUGGCAAAAACUAGGGUAAAACACUGGGCCCUAGAUGUAGCCUAUAACUAGGACACAUUUUCUUGGUCAGGUGACAGGAAAAACUCAUGGCCCAACUCAUACCUGGUCAAUGUACAAGGAAGGAGAAACCAAAAAAUGUAUCACUUCAAUAUGUUAAUGUUGCCUUUAAUUUGACACUACAGUAUAUGGUCUUCCAUACAUACAGUAACUGAACUUGACAUUCAUUGAUUUAAAUUAUUUUUAAAUCUAUAUUUCUACAGGUGAAGUUUACAUACACCUUAGCCAAAUACAUUUUUAACUCAGUUUUUCAAAAUUCCUGACAUUUUAAUCCUAGUAAACAUUCCCUGUCUUAGGUCAAUUAGGAUCAGCACUUUAUUUUUAAGAAUGUGAAAUGUCAGAAAAAUAGUACAGGGAUUUUUCAUUUAUUUCUUUCACGUUCCCAGUGGGUCAGAGGUUUACAUAUACUCAAUUAGUAUUUGGUAGCAUUGCCUUUAAAUUGUUUCAUUUGGGUCAAAUGUUUCAGGUAGCCUUGCAUAAGCUUCCAACGAUAAGUUGGGGGAUUUUUGGCCCAUUCCUCCUGACACAGCUGGUGUAACCGAGUCAGGUUGGUAGGCCUCCUUUGUUCGCACACACUUUUUCAGUUCUACCCACAAGUGUUCUAGCUUUGAUGGCCACUCCAAUACCUUGACUUUGUUGUCCUUAAGCCAUUUUGCCACAACUUUGGAAGUAUGCUUGGGGUGAUUGUCCAUUUGGAAGACCCAUUCGUGACCAAGCUUAAACUUCCUGACUGAUGUCUUGAUGUUGCUUCAAUAUAUUCACACAAUUUUCCACCCUCAUGAUGGCAUCUAUUUUGUGAAGUUCCCCAGUCCCUCCUGCAGCAAAGCACCCCCACAACAUGAUGCCCCCCCCCCCAUGCUUCACGGUUGGGAUGGUGUUCUUCGGCUUGCAAGAACCCACCCUUUGUCCUCCAAACAUAACGAUGGUCAUUAUGGCCCAACAGUUCUAUUUUUGUUUCAUCAGGCCAGAGGACAUUUCUCCAAAAAGUACGAUCUUGGUCCACAUGUGCAGUUGCAAACCGUAGUCUGGCUUUAUGGCAGUGGCUUCUUCCUCGCUGAGCAGUCUUUCAGGUUAUAUCGAUUAUAGGACUCGUUUUUUCUGUGGAUAUAGAUAAUUUUGUACCUGUUUCCUCCAGCAUCCUCACAAGGUCCUUUUGCUGUUCUGGGAUUGAUUUGCACUUUUCGCAUCUCUAGGAGACGGAACGCGUCUCCUUCCUGAGCGGUAUGACUGCUGCGUGGUCCCGUGGUGUUUGCACUUGCGUACUAUUGUUUGUACAGAUGAAAGUGGUACCUUCAGGCAUUUGGAAAUUGCUCCCAAGGAUGAACCAAACUUGUAGAGGUCCACAUUUCUUUUCUGAGGUCUUGGCUGAUUUUCUUUUGAUUUCUUUUUUCCCCCAUGAUGUCAAGCAAAGCGGCACUGAGUUUGAAGGUAGGCCUUGAAAUACAUCCACAGGUGCACCUUCAAAUGACUCAAAUUGCCAAUUAGUCAAUUAUCAGAAGCUUCUAAAGCCUUUACAUAAUUUUCUGGAAUUUUCCAAGCUGUUUUUUAAAGGCAGUUAAUUUAGUGUAUGUAAACGUUUGACCCACUGGAAUUGUGAUUAAGUGAAAUAAUCGGUCUUUAAACAAUUGUUGGAAAAUUACUUAUGUCAUGCACAAAGUAAUGUCCUAACAGACUUGCCAAAGCUAUAGUUUGUUAACAAGAAAUGUGUGGCGUGGUUGAAACACUUAAACAAGUUAAAUGUCUCCAACAUAUGUAAACUUCUGACUUCAACUGUGUGUGUGUAUAUAUCAAAGAUGUGAUUGCAUAGUUUGAUUAAAGGUGUUGAUAAAUA